AUGCCCGAUCAUCAGGCGCCUCACCGCUCUGUGCGCGUCUUCGUCCGCGCUAUCACCGCAACGGCUCUCUUUCGUAUAUGGCCCACCCUGAUCUUCAUGGGAGGAUGGUCAUUGAUGGUCGUCAUGGUGAACAGGAACACCGAUGUGGAGUUCACGUUUCCUGCAACUAUGGUGACAGUCCUGGGUGUCUUGCUGGGUCUGACACUCAGCUACCGUACCUCGUCUGCAUAUGACCGCUACUGGGAAGGACGAAGACUUUGGUCGCAGAUUAUCCUUGCAUCGAGGUCAUGGGCCAGAAUUGUCUGGAUACACUGUCCUGAUAGCCUAUCCGCUGUCCCCAUAGACGAUGUCGACGGGAAGGCACUGGACGAGACCCGGGCGGUGAUGGAGAAGGCGACAAUGGUGCAUAUGGCUCUGGCAUUUGCGGUGGCCGUGAAGCAUUACUUGCGCGGAGAAGAGGGCAUCUUCUACGAAGAUCUGUACCACCUGGUCCGCUUCAUCCCCUCCCUGAAUCUCCCCUCCGGGAUCCCCUCUGGCAUCGAGGCCAAUAUCGGGUCAGACCCCGCUCGGCGCCAGGUUCACAAGCAAGGUUCCGCUUCCUCCUCGCACAUCUUCGACUACCCCUUGUCCGACCGAUCCACCUCUCCCUCUGUCCACAAGCCCGACGAUGGCUGUCCUCCCCUCGACCCGGCACAUAAUCCCCCAAAGUUCAGAUGGGCCGAUGUGUUCCCCGUCAAGUUCUUCCUCUCUCGCCGUCACCGCCAGCGAGCCGCUCAGCGUCGUCAGGACCUGAAGUCUCGCGCGCGAGCUGUCGCCUCGAGAGAAGGAGGCGGCGUCGGCCAUAACGUGCCGCUCGAAAUCAGCAUGUUCAUGUCCGUCUGGGUCGCCCAGAUGCAACGCCGCAAGACUAUCGACGUGCCGACUAUCAACUCGCUACUGGCGCCUAUCCAGCAGAUGGCCGAGGCCCUCGUGGGUUUGGAGCGGAUCUUGACAACACCGAUUCCAUGGAGCUACAAUGCGCAUAUCUGGGAGGUGACGUGGGUAUAUUGCUUGCUGUUACCGUUCCAGCUGUACGGGGCAGGGUUCAAGUGGUUGACCAUCCCAGGUACCAUAAUCGUCGCCUACAUCGUCAUCGGCUUCGCCGAGAUAGGGGAAGAGAUUGAAAAUCCGUUUGGGUACGACCCGAACGAUCUCGCCCUCGACACAUUCACCCAGAACAUCAUUGCUCGCGAGCUAGCGGCGAUCGUUGCCCGUCCGUUUGCUCCGCCCGAAACGUGGAUUUUUUCUGCCGAGAACAAGGGGUUCGGUCCGACCGGUGCGGGUGACAUGCAAUAUCAAGGCGUCAGCGAGGUGAGGCGGUGCCUGGCUAGAUCUCUUGUGAAUGGGGGGGUGAGCGAGGGACCGGCAGUAAGCAGGGGAAGUGGGGAAGAGACGGUCUGA